AUGCGUUUCCAGCUUCCUCUCUCGGCCGCCAUCCUCGGCCUCGCCAGUGCUGCCGGCAACAGCUCGGCCGUCACCGUCAAGGUCAAUCCCCUGCCCGCGCCUCGGGAGAUCUCCUGGGGCACGACGGGCCCCAAGUGUCUCUCCGGCUCGCUCAGCUACCACGCCAACGCGGGAAGCCGUUCGGGUGCCGCGUCCAAGCUCGUCUCCGAUGGCUGGAAGCGGGCCUACUCGGCCAUGAAGUCCUUGCAGUGGGUGCCCCAGGCCAUCGAGCUUCCCAUCCCGACGUUCGAGCCCUUCCCAAAGUCGGCCGCCGGCGGCGGCGUGAGCAGACGAGAUGCGGGCAAGAUGCCUACGACGGCCGCUCGUCGAGGUGCGGUCCUCACGGCCGUCGCCGUCGACGUGUCCGAUUGGUCGUGCGACCUGCAGCAUGGCGUCGACGAGAGCUACAACCUCACCAUCUCGGCGUCGUCGUCGACCAUCAAGAUCGCGGCCGUCACGCCGUGGGGCGCCCUGCACGCCUUCACCACCCUGCAGCAGCUGGUCAUCUCCGACGGCCGCGGCGGGCUCAUGGUCGAGCAGCCCGUCGCCGUCAAGGACGAGCCCCUGUACCCCUACCGCGGCGUCAUGAUCGACACGGCGCGAAACUUCAUCUCGGUCGAGAAGAUCAAGGAGCAGAUCGACGGGCUCGCCCUCUCCAAGAUGAACAUCCUGCACUGGCACAUCACCGACAGCCAGUCCUGGCCCAUCCAGAUCGACCACUAUCGAGACCUGCUCACCAGGGACGCCUACUCGGCCCGCGAGACGUACUCGCCCGCGCAGGUGCGGGACAUCAUCCGCUACGCGCGCCGGCGGGCCGUCCGCGUCGUUCCCGAGAUCGACAUGCCCGGCCACUCGGCCUCGGGCUGGCAGCAGAUCGACAAGGACAUCGUCACCUGCCAGAACAGCUGGUGGUCCAACGACGACUGGCCGCUGCACACGGCCGUGCAGCCGAACCCCGGCCAGCUGGACGUGCUCAACCCGGCGACGUACGAGGCCGUCAAGAACGUCUACUCGGAGCUCUCCCGACGCUUCGCCGACGACUUCUUCCACGUCGGCGGCGACGAGCUCCAGACCAACUGCUUCAACUUUAGCAGCCGCAUCCGGCACUGGUUCGCCGAGGACCCGUCGCGCACCUACUUUGACCUGAACCAGCACUGGCUCGACCGCGCCAUGCCCAUAUUCACGUCGGCCGCCGUCACGGGCAAGAAGGACCGCCGGCUGAUCAUGUGGGAGGACGUCUUCCUCUCGACCGACGCCGGUGCCCGCAACGUGUCGAGGAACAUCAUCAUGCAGUCGUGGAGCUACGGCGUCGACAACGUCAAGAAGCUCGUCCGCGCCGGCUUCGACGUCAUCGUCUCGAGCUCCGACUUCCUCUACCUCGACUGCGGCUUCGGCGGCUACGUGACCAACGACGCCCGCUACAACGUGCAGCGGAACCCCGACCCGAACACGCCCUCGUUCAACUACGGCGGCGCCGGCGGCUCGUGGUGCGCGCCCUACAAGACGUGGCAGCGCAUCUACGACUACGACUUUGCCGCCAACCUGACCGAGGCCGAGGCCGAGCGCGUCCUCGGCGCCGUCGCCCCCCUCUGGUCCGAGCAGGUGGACGACACCGUCAUCAGCGGCAAGAUGUGGCCCCGGGCCGCCGCCCUCGCCGAGCUGACCUGGUCCGGCAACCGGGAUCCGGCGACGGGCCUGAAGAGGACGACGACGUUUACGCAGCGAAUCCUGAAUUUCCGGGAGUACCUGGUGGCCAACGGCGUCGGCGCGACGCCGCUGCUGCCCAAGUACUGCCUCCAGCACCCGCACGCGUGCGACUUGAACUACAACCAGAGCGCGCUGCACGGCAAGUAG